AUGGGUAAUGAAGAGCACACAGCCGCAAAGCCUGCUCAUGGCCAUAAAAUGAGUCAGAGUGUCUUGUUUAUGCCGCGGCCGCAGACACGGCUCCGGUACUCCUCUAAUAUCUGGUCGAAGGGCAUUAACAAGCGUGCAGGAUGGCGUUGGCGUGAAUGGUAUGGUUAUUCGAGGCGCUGGUUGCUGCAGUGCAUCACGAUGUGUGGUGUAUGCACGGUAGACGCUACCAUAGCUGCGCAUGUGCCGGCGCCGCUGGUGCGACAACAACUCCACUGCGUAUCUGCUGAUGUGCGAGUCGCCAGUGGUUCUACUAGCAUCCUCGUUGACGAACUGGCGAAUCUGUCUGUGACAGAGCAGGAGAUACUGCACUUACUCGCAGAGGGCAGAGGUAUGACCCAGUAUGGCGGGUAUUGGGGUGCUGGAGUCCUUGCGGAAGCUGUCGACGGGUGUUUAUAG